AUGAGCGAGCUCCGCUUUCUGACCCCAGACAGGGCUGCAGGGCCCCAGGUAAACAGAAGUUCCCAGAGCUCUCUAGAGGAAGGUCCUGCAGCUGACUCAGAGCGGCACAGCCUGAGUGUCCUCCAUGUCUCCUACAGCGUCAGCAAUCGUGUCGGGCCCUGGUGGGACAUCAGAUCUUGCCGGCAGCGGCGGAACAGGCAAAUCCUCAAGAAUGUCUCCCUGUGCGUUGAGAGUGGGCAGAUGAUGUGCAUCUUAGGGAGCUCAGGCUCGGGGAAAACCACGUUGCUGGAUGCCAUCUCCGGGAGGCUGCAGCGCACGGGGACCCUGGCCGGGGAGGUGUGCGUGAACGGCCGCAAGCUGCACCGGGACCAGUUCCAGGACUGCUUCUCCUACGUCCUGCAGAGUGACACCUUUCUGAGCAACCUCACCGUGCGCGAGACGCUGCGCUACACGGCGAUGCUGGCCAUCCGCCACAGCUCUGCGGACUUCUUCCAGAAGAAGGUGGAGAUGGUCAUGGCAGAGCUGAGUCUGAGCCAUGUGGCAGAUCGAAUGAUUGGCAACUAUUAUCUGGGAGGAAUUUCCAGUGGCGAGCGGCGCCGGGUCUCCAUUGCAGCCCAGCUCCUCCAGGACCCCAAGGUCAUGAUGUUUGAUGAGCCGACCACAGGCCUGGACUGCAUGACUGCGAAUCAGAUCAUUGUCCUCCUGACACAGUUGGCUCGCAAGGGCCGCAUUGUGAUCCUCACUAUCCACCAGCCCCGUUCUGAGCUAUUCCAGCACUUUGACAAAAUUGCCAUCUUGUCCUACGGAGAGUUGGUCUUCUGCGGUACUCCGGUGGAAAUGCUGGAUUUCUUCCAUGGCUGUGGCUACCCUUGUCCUGAACAUUCCAACCCUUUUGACUUCUAUAUGGACUUAACGUCAGUGGACACCCAAAACAAAGAACGGGAAAUAGAAACCUACAAGCGAGUCCAGAUGCUUGAAUCUGCCUUCAAAGAAUCAGCAAUCUGUCAAAAAACUUUGGAGAAUAUUGAAAGAACAAAACACCUGAAGACAUUACCCAUGAUUCCUUUCAAAACUAAAGACCCUCCUGGAGCUCUCUGUAAACUGGGUGUCCUCUUGAGGAGAGUGAUGAGAAACUUACUAAGAAAUAAGCAGGCAGUGAUUAUGCGUCUAGUUCAGAAUCUGAUCAUGGGUUUGUUCGUCAUUUUCUACCUUCUGCGGCUCCAGAACCAGACACUAAAUGGUGCUGUCCAGGACCGCGUGGGUCUGCUGUACCAGUUUGUGGGUGCCACCCCAUACACAGGCAUGCUCAAUGCUGUGAAUCUGUUUCCUGUGCUUCGAGCUGUCAGCGACCAGGAGAGUCAGGACGGCCUGUACCAGAAGUGGCAGAUGCUGCUGGCCUAUGCACUGCAUGUCCUCCCCUUCAGCAUCAUUGCCACUGUGCUUUGCACCAGCGUGAGCUACUGGACACUGGGCUUAUACCCUGAGAUUGCCAGAUUUGGAUAUUUCUCUGCUGCUCUUUUGGCCCCCCACUUAAUUGGUGAAUUUGUAACUCUUGUGAUACUUGGUAUGGUUCAAAACCCAAAUGUAGCCAACAGUGUAAUGGCUCUGCUGAUCUCUGCUGGACUGCUUGUUGGAUCUGGAUUAGUCAGAAACAUAAAAGAAAUGCCCUUACCUUUUAAAAUCUUCAGUUAUUUUACAUUCCAAAAAUAUUGCUGUGAGAUUCUUAUAGUCAAUGAAUUCUACGGACUGAAUUUUACUUGUGGCAGCUCGAAUGAUUCUGUGACAAAUCAUCCACUGUGUGCUAUCACUCAAGGGAUUCAAUACAUUGAGGAAACCUGCCCAGGUGCAACAUCCAGAUUUGCAACAAACUUUCUCAUUUUAUAUGCAUUUAUCCCACUUCUUGUCAUCUUAGGAAUAGUGGUUUUUAAAGUAAGGGAUUAUCUCAUUAGCAGAUAGUAAAGAACAUUGCUGGGAAAAUGGAACUUAAGCUAUUAGAUACACACGAAUGACUGCUUUGAAUGUCUGAAA